GCUGCUGCGGCUCCCCGCCCGCGCGGGAGGCGCUGAUCCUGCUCCGGCCAUGCUGGUGAGCAAGACGGUGAAGCGCCUCUUGCAGCUGGUGCCUGGGAAGCAGCGCUUCGGCGCGUACCGGUUCCUGCCCUUCUUCUUCCUCCUCGGGGGAGCUAUGGAGUGGUUCAUGAUUAACGUCCGCAUUGGCAAGGAGACGUUCUAUGAUGUUUACCGCAGGAAACGAUCGGAAAGGCAGUACGCAGCCAGGAUGGAAAAAGGGGAAUUUUAGCUGAAGCACUUCAAGGGGAAGGUUCUGAAUGCUUCAACUGUAUUAAUACUGAAGAAGCAUUGCUGCCACACUGAUGGCAGGGGAAAGUUUUGUCUCUGCAAGGUGAACUGUAAUCCACAUGUUUGUGUGAUAUGCUUGCAGAUGGUUUUGGUGGUUUUCUUCUUCCAUCUACUUUGUAUCUUUAGUGUUUAAGCCAAACACAGUAGCCAAAAAGUUCAUUGUGUUUAGGCCUCUGCCAUUUAUUUAAUGUUCGUUUAGUAUUUUAAAUAAAUUAAA